AAAAAUAUCUACUUUCYUCGAGUUAUUUAACUUUAUUUUGUAUAAAAAUCGCAUGUUUCCUAGCUCAAAAGAUUUAUUUUGAAUUCUAAAGUUUUCAAAGUAUUUCCUGUUGUAUUGUUGGGAAUGAAGAGACGAAAAUCGACCCGUUCUGAUGCMAGCAGCUCUCCGCAAGAGAAAAUUGCCAAAACUGCAGCAAAGGAGAAGAUUGACGUCUUGAACAUCGAUGAACACGAUGCCGAAAAGAGUGAUGCUGUUUCGGACGUGAAGUCUUAUCGAAAGGCUUGUGAUGAAAUYAGGAAACUAAUUGAAGAGAUCAAUGACUUAAAAUCAGAGGGGAAACCAUCAAAUUCUCCAGAGAUAAGUGAAAGAAGAAUCAGAUGUACAUUGCUGUUUCUUAUUGUCAAAAAACUGAAUCGAAUAGCACAUGUCAGAUGUAAGAAAGCAAGAGACACUACUCAAGAGGCAAAACAAAAAGUUGAUGGAUUGCAUCUUCAGCUUCAAAAUCUUCUGUAUGAAGUUAUGCAUCUAAGAAAAGAAAUCACUAAGUGUUUAGAGUUCAAAUCUAAGGACGAAGAAAUUGAUCUGGUAUCAGAAGAAGAGUUCUAUCAAGAAGCCCCAGAACAAUUUACAAAACCUGAUGUGACCAAGAACGAUCCACAUCAAAGAAUGCUUGCCAGACUAGACUGGGAACUUGAGCAAAGAAAAAGAUAUGCAAGUCAAAAAGAAGAAUUUGCAAGUCAUAAGGAUUCUCUCGCAAAAGAAAUCAAAACAAAAAGAGAGUUUCUGGAUAGCUUACAACCAAGACUGGAGGCCAUAUUAAAGGCAACACAUCCUGUUCAAGAKUACCUCAACAUGCCAUUAGAUGAACAAAGAGCACAGCAUGAGACUGCCAAGUUUCUUCCAAUCCCUCUUUAYGUCCUGUAUGUACAAGCUGGUGCMUACCAUGAAGCUUGUGAUAAACAUCUUGACGUCCAAAUCCAUGGUGAUAUUGAUGCUGCUAAGGCUGUUUUAGAAGAAAAACCAAUCAUUAAACCUGUUGAAGAGAGUGACUCAGACUUGGAAGGACCAGAAGAAGCCUCUAACAAAUCCAGAAGGUCCAAGCGACGAAGAAAAAAAGAAGAAAGUCGCCAGUUAGAGGAGAAGAAAGCGCUGCUCAAGAAACAUCCAUUAGAUGUCCAUCUAAAGUUAAAUUUCAAAAGCAAAAACUCAUUAACACUAGUGUUUUCUUACUUGCCAACACUGAAUAUUGUCACAGCUACACCUUCUCUUUCUCUUGCAAAUCCUGAAGAAAAACCUGUGCUUGAAACCAGUAAUCUUUUGUCUCCAGACUCAAUUCUGGAUAAUCUGUUUCCGGGAGAUCAUGGCGAUGUCACUCCUAAUCCAACCAAUCAAUUCCAGUUAGUAAAAGUUGGAAUAUCAAGUUUUUUAUCAUGCAUCAAAGACAUUGGCAAACCUUUCUUAUGGGCCCAGCGAGUCUGUGGUCUUGAAUUUCUCUCUGAUGGCUCACCUGCUACAGCUAAGUCACAGCUUAGUCAAUCUCACAUGGAAGAAACAAUCACUGCUCUCAGAGAACGAAUGCUGGCAAGACUUGCCCUACAAAAGCAACUCACAUCACUUGAGCAGUGUAAGAUUCCAGUGUUGGGCUCAUCACUGCCAUYRUUCCCUCUUCAAACCAAGUCAGUGUUGACAUCUUGGAAACCMGUGCCUUAUGCYGAUUUUAUUGAAUUGCCUCAUGUUAAACAUACUGCCGAGGAAGGUCUUAUAUCAGAUACAGACAUGUGUUAUACUGCUGUCAUUCAAAGAAACACYAAAGCCAAGUUACUGAUGGCAGUUGUGCUAUACCAAGAUUAUCCUAUCAAUCCUCCAUUAUUUUGUCUGGCUGUAGAGAACAGUGGAGUGCAUUCCUCUGAUGAGAUGACAAAGUUGAUAGAAGCAGAAGUAAAUGUUCAUUACAGUGACUUAAUGGACACAGAUUCACCUGACUUUUUAYUAACCAGUCAACUAAAAAGACUACAGAUGUGUUUUGAUGUACUUGUUGACAGCGGUUAUCUUGAUAACAAUUGCAACAUGGAGCAAUUAAGAUGUCAAAAACUCCUUGUGAGAGGACUUAAAGGACGACUGAGAAGUCUUCCAUUCAAGUAUGAUUCAUCACAAGGACUGUUUAAACACAGAUAGAUUUAGUACUGUAAAUACUUAUCAAUUUUUGUGAUAACUAUUUUAUGUAAUUGUUGUCAACUGAGGUAAAUGCAAUGAAUAAAAGUACAUGAUACAAUGCAAAA